UCAGAGAAACAGCCAGGCAAACUUCCUUUCUCCAUAGGAAUAAUUAUUAUCCUUCUUCACCAUGGCCCACCUGGGAGCCCACUUUGCUUUUAGAUCCCGCUGGCAGAAGACCGAUGAUGAACUUUGUCGACAUAGCAUGUCUUUUAUCCUUCACAAAGCCAUUCGCAAUGACUUCUUUCAGAGCUAUCUCUACCUACUGGAAAAAAUCCCCCUGGUGAAAUUGUAUGCUUUAACAAGCCAAGUCAUUGAUGGUGAGAUGCAGUUCUAUGCCAGAGCUAAACUUUUCUAUCAAGAAGUACCAGCCACAGAAGAGGGUAUGAUGGGAAAUUUCAUUGAACUAUCCAGCCCAGAUAUCCAGGCCUCUCGGAAAUUUCUUAGGAAAUUUGUUGGGGGGCCCGGGAGAGCCGGAACAGACUGUGCCUUGGAUUGCGGCUCUGGGAUAGGAAGGGUCAGCAAGCACGUCUUGUUGCCGGUUUUCAACAACGUAGAACUAGUGGACAUGAUGGAAUCUUUCCUCCUUGAAGCCCAGGCCUACCUGCGGGUCAAAGGGGACAAGGUAGAAAACUACCACUGCUACAGCCUGCAAGAAUUCACACCCUCCUCUGGGAGAUAUGAUGUCAUCUGGAUUCAGUGGGUUUCUGGGCACCUGACUGAUAAGGACCUUCUUGCAUUUCUUUCCCGGUGCCGAGGUGGCCUGAAAGAAAAUGGCGUCAUCAUCCUGAAGGACAACGUGGCACGCGAGGGCUGUAUCCUGGAUCUUUCUGACAGCAGUGUGACUCGGGACAUGGACAUCCUCCGGAGCCUCAUAAGGAAGAGUGGGCUGGCGGUGCUGGGCCAGGAGAAGCAGGACGGCUUUCCGGAGCAGUGCAUGCCAGUGUGGAUGUUUGCACUGCACAGCGAUGGAUGCUCCUGAAGAGCAAGGGGGAUGAGCAGGAUGGGCA